GCCCGCCCGCCCGCCAUGCUCUCCGGGGCUCCGCCACCGCCCGCCGGCUUCCCCAGCCCGCCGCCGCCUCAACCGCCGCCGCCCCCGCCGCCCGCCGCUCCCCCCCACGGGCCGCCGCCGCCGCCGUUCCCGGUGAAGGGCGGCCUGCAGAUCCGGAAGAAUGCCAUCACGGACGACUACAAGGUCACCACGCAAGUGCUGGGGCUGGGCAUCAACGGGAAAGUUUUGGAGAUCUUCAGUAAGAAGAGCGGGGAGAAGUUCGCUCUCAAGAUGUUGCAGGACUGCCCGAAGGCCCGCAGGGAAGUGGAGCUGCACUGGAGGGCGUCGCAAUGCGCGCACAUCGUCCGCAUCAUGGACGUCUACGAGAACCUCUACCAGGGGAGGAAGUGUCUGCUCAUCGUCAUGGAGUGCUUGGACGGCGGGGAGCUCUUCAGCCGAAUUCAAGACAGGGGAGACCAGGCCUUCACAGAACGGGAGGCUUCAGAGAUAAUGAAGAGCAUUGGGGAAGCCAUCCAGUACCUGCACUCAAUCAACAUUGCACACCGGGACGUGAAGCCGGAAAACCUCUUGUACACCUCCAAAAGGCCCAACGCUGUGCUCAAACUCACAGACUUUGGCUUUGCUAAAGAAACCACCACGCACAACUCCUUGGCCACUCCGUGCUACACACCGUACUACGUGGCCCCGGAGGUGCUGGGUCCGGAGAAGUACGACAAGUCCUGUGACAUGUGGUCCCUCGGCGUCAUCAUGUACAUUCUGCUCUGCGGGUACCCCCCCUUCUACUCCAACCACGGCCUGGCCAUCUCGCCCGGCAUGAAGAAGCGUAUCCGAAUGGGCCAGUACGAGUUUCCCAAUCCCGAAUGGUCCGAAGUGUCGGAGGAAGUUAAGCAGCUGAUCCGCAACCUGCUGAAGACAGACCCGACCCAGCGCAUGACGAUAACAGAGUUCAUGAACCACCCUUGGAUCAUGCAAUCCAUGCAGGUGCCCCAGACCCCGCUGCACACCAGUCGUGUGCUGAAAGAGGAGAAGGAUCUAUGGGAGGAUGUGAAGGAGGAGAUGACGAGCGCGCUGGCCACCAUGCGAGUGGACUACGAACAAAUCAAGAUCAAGAAAAUCGAAGAUUCCUCAAACCCUUUGCUGAUGAAGAGGCGGAAGAAAGCAAACCCCACCGAGCCUGCCACGCUCCCCCACUGAGGGUGCCCCGCGCCCACCGGCCCUUGAGAAAGCAAUAACUAUAUAUAUAUAUUUUUUAAGAAAAAAGACAAAAAGAGACAGACUGUUAUAUCAAGCGCAUGGAAUUCAGACAUUUAUACCAGACUAGUUAUUUUUAGCUACUCACCUGUGUUUCUGGCCUUUCCGGAGCAGGCGGUAAAAUCCCCCCGUCAGAUCCACACACUGCGGCCGGGGGUUUUGUCCUGUAGGUGAAUGCCGCCGAUAAUUGGAUUUUUUUUUUCUUUUGUGAAACAGUUUUGAUUUUUAUUUUUUCUUUUCCUUCCUUCCAAAGACAUGGAAAUUCCUGUGGUGACCUUUUUAGGGUAUAUAACGUAUAAAUAUUUUUUAAAAACUACUGUAGAGCUGAAACCCAGACAGCGUGUUCCCUGCGUGGAUGCUGGCUAGAGAUGGGCUUUGGGCUGGGGAGCGGGUUGCGGGGGGGGGAUGGGGAAGGAGAGCUGCCUUCUCCCCCAUCCCGCUGUGCGCGGCAGGGCUGGCGUGGGGGGGGGGGGGUGUCCCCGUGGCUGCCGUGCUUUGCUGGCCAGGGAAACCGCUGCUUUUAAAGCACGGUAGCCAAAAACACCCCCCCCCCCCCCACCCCUCCCUGACCUGGAAGCCUCGACUUUACCCAGCGGCACGCAGGGCUCCCCACCAGCGCCGUCUGCGUCGCUGUCUGUCUGUGCGUGGGGUGUGUGUCGUGUCCGUGGGUGCGGAGCUGCUCGUGGGUGUCGUCCCCCCCGCCGCCCCGCCGUGGCCACCGCAGCCUGUACCUGUGCCUGGAAUCCAGUUCUGACCUCAGGGGUGGGCAAAGGGGGGGACGAGCAGGAGGCCAGUGCCCCCCGUAUCCCCCCCCCAUUCUGCAGGGACGUGGGGAAAAGAUGCUCCCCUGCCGCCUCCGCCCCCCCCCCCCCGCUCCCGCAGCCCCCAAUUCCGGGGGAAAUGCUGUGCUGGGGCGUCCCCGGGGACAAGCGGGUGGCGUGGGGAGGGGGUGGGGAUGGCGUGGGGCCAUAGCUUGAGCCGGGACGGCAGCAUUGCCCCCUCCCUGGCCGGGGCUGGGGGUCGUGCUGCUCCCCCCCCCCCCCCCCAACCCCGGCAUGGCUCCUGCUGAGGGGGCUGCUCCUGCUGCCAGCUCCUGGGGGGGUUGGGAGCGAUCCUCCGCUUCCCGGGAGUAGGACGGCUGCUCUGAAGUCUUUAGUCCAUGAAUUAUUAUUAUUAUUAUUAUUUGUCACGAUGUUUCACUGCGUUAAAUGUGUUUGAAUGGGGAAAAAAAAAUUUUUUAAGGCAAUGUUUAGUUUUUAGGUGAUCUUUUAGACACUGUAUGGAAUUUUAAUUUGUUUUAAAACCCCGUUUUUAUUCCCCCCCCCCCCUUUUUUUUUUUUUAUUUUUGUCUGUUGGCUUAUACUAAUCUUCCCGGUCUGCUCUUCAGUCCUUUGGAUUAAAGACACUUAAUGCGUCA